AUGGGAACUUUGAGAGCAGUGGAAGGAGGAAAAGUGGCAUGCUUUGUUUUGGCUACAUCUGCACUAGUUAAGAUGCGAUAUUCAAUCAUGAAGAAGAAGAUGAUAUUAGAAGCAUUUGUUUUCCUUCUUCUGAUCACCAUUUGCAGAUUUACUAUUGAAGUUGGAUUGUCGAAGCAGGCUCCUAGUUCUGAAUUUGUGAAUGCAUAUCCUUCAUGGAUGCUCGGGAUUGCUGCAGGGUUUCCAAUUUGGAAUUUUGUUGCUGAAGCUUUACUGGUAGUUGCCCUGCUUUUAUUGGCAUUCUUGCUGCGUGAGGCCAUUACUGGAAGCUCUUCAAAGGGUAUUUGGAAGUAUAUUAUCAUGGGAACUAAUUUAAGUUAUAUACCAAUAGCAGUGCAUUGGGCUUCAGAAAGUGACAGAUUGAAUCUGGCUUGGGUGCUUAAAGGCACUGGAAGAAGUUAUAUUCCUAGACUAAUAUAUGCCAUUGGAUUUGGACAAUUGUUAUUAUUGACAUUUAAUCAGCUGUUCAGUAAAAGGAAAUCCUCAGAUCACAGCAAUCUCUUGUAUAUUAAAACAGUCGCCAUGUUUUCUGCAUGGAGCUCAACAAUCAUUAUUCUGUUGGGAAGACAGGGCCCCUGGGUUGUUUUAGCAUUCAUAAUUGGAGGCCAAUGCAUAAUGAGGCUGGAUAACAUAGAACUGGAUGUCAAAGAUGGAGGCAGUUGGAAUAGGAUGCUUGAUCCUGUUCCUGUAACACAGUGGAGCCUUUUUGCUGUGUGCCUGUUUUUCUGCACUGGUCAUUGGUGUGCUUUUGAUGGCCUCCGAUAUGGUGCUGCAUUUAUUGGGUGA